AUGUCAAACCCAACUACCCAGAAAGCUGAUGCCACAGAGCAGCCCGCACCACAAGCGAAGCCUCAAGUCUUGGAGGAAGACGACGAGUUCGAGGAUUUCCCCGUUGAAGACUGGCCCCAAGAAGAAGCCGAGCAGGCCAAUGGCUCGACAGCAAAUGACGGUAGCGAGCACCUGUGGGAAGAGAGCUGGGAUGACGAUGAUGCCGCGGAGGACUUCUCAAAGCAGCUCCAGGAAGAAUUGAAGAAAGUCGAAGCAUCGGCUUAA